AUGCUACAGACGUACGGUCUCGUUCCGAAUGGAAUUCUGGCGGUCUGGCCUAAAAGCGUCAAGCUCAAGGAGGCUGCCUUCUUGCCCACUGGCGUCCAGCUGAUGACGGCAAUAUACUAUACAUGGGCAAACGAAGUGUGCUCGGAUGACAAUGAAGAGCGCGCUCUGGUAGUAAGCAGCAUGAACGCGUUUCAAUACGCAGUGGCAGCAUGGCUUCCUAUCGUCAUCUUUGCACAGACAGAGGCUCCCACAUUCCGAAAGGGCUUCCCUGCGACUUUCGGGUUCGUAGUUGCUGCAUUGGUAGUUGUUGCGAUCACACAGCUCCUGGUUCUUCACGACAGACGCCAGAAAAUACGGGAGGAUCAGGAAGGUAUUGCACCUGAGGGGAAUGUGACUGAAUAUGCAAAGGGAGGGUCUCCUUAUGGCAGAGACAAGAAACACUUUGCUGAUGUCGCCAAUGCUUGA